ACUAAUUGUGCUGGAUUCCGAUACCCACUUUUUGAGACGUGGAAUCCCACCACAUCAACCACUAUUUCGUUCCCCCCAAAUUCUUGAAGGGUACAGCCGCUACCAGCCCUAGACGCCCUUAAAUUCCACUACAACGCCACCUGCGAUACAAAAUGACCAUGGCGUCUACUUCCGAUGUGCACGGUUCCUCUCCCGUUCCGACUAUGCCCCAGCCCAACGACAACGGCCGCGCGCACAUGUCUUCGCUCUCCUCAUCAUCAUCCAUCUCUGACGCAGAAACUGAACGUCGAGGUCGUUCCGAACGCCCUCGUAUGGCCAGUCGGAAACCCAGUGCCUCCAUACUAGUUCCACGGGAUCAUCCCGAGAUCGAAAUCGAAGAAGAAGAAUUUCCCCCGGACGACGCGCGCGCCAUGAGUCCCCGACGCAAUUCUGCUGAUCUGGAAAGACUCGGAAAGGAGGCUAGACAGACGUUGCAGGAACAAGCAAAGGCGCUGCAAUCUUCCCUUCAGGCACUUGCGGAACGUAUCGAAGCCGUGAAAUCAGACCAUGACAAACUUGAAAGCGAAAACAAAUUCCUACAGGACUACAUUGGUGGACUGACCCGAAACAUGACUAAGACUGAAAUGACGAGAUCAAGCACCAAGGUCAGGAAAUCGCAAAAAUAGGCGCCACGUCUAUCAACAUCCUGAUCGUUGGAGUCGAAAGAACGAUUGGGAUGUCUCCGCUUACCAAGCGAGACCGAAAGAGAAGAUGUGCGAAAUACGCCUGCGUUCGCAAUGGUUAGAUGUUUUGAGGUCUGGCAACUACGCAUGUC